CUGACACUUCCUGCACAUGAAUGUUUCGGCAGUAUGAUAUUUGUGUAUCUCUGCCAUAUUUGUGUACAUCUCUCGCAAAUGUGUUAAACAUGACGGCCUGACGCACUGAAUUGGAUCAUACGCGCAGUUGAGGAAGUUUAGUGGAUGACUGGAGGCAAAACGUGAUUGUUUCUUCUCAUUGAUUCAAGAUCAUACAGCACGGAGAUAAAAGGUAUGGGUUAUUCGUCAUAUGUGGGGUUGCCCAGGCGUCUGCACCCCAUUGGCUGAUUCACCAGCAUGUACUGUAGAAACGGCCUAUCAGAUGGCACCAGCAUUAGCUCCGCCUCCUCUGAGGGAAGUGACAGCUCUGUGUCUGUGGACGGCCCGAGCGCUGACUACGUGAAGAGCUACGAUGCUGUCGUGUUCGAUGUGCUGAAAGUGACACCAGAGGAGUUUGCAAGCCAAAUUACCCUGAUGGACGCCCCUGUGUUUAAGGCCAUACAGCCAGAGGAGCUUUCUAGCUGUGGCUGGAACAAAAAGGAGAAACACAGUUUGGCUCCUAAUGUUGUUGCCAUCACACGGAGGUUCAACCAGGUGAGCUUCUGGUUGGUACGGGAAAUCCUGACCGCUCAAACCCUGAAGAUCCGUGCUGAGAUCCUGAGCCACUUCAUCAAAAUUGCAAAGAAACUUCUAGAGCUGAAUAACCUUCAUUCUAUGGUGUCGGUGGUGUCUGCAUUGCAAAGCGCUCCCAUCUUUAGACUGAGCAAGACCUGGGCGCUUAUCAGUCGGAAGGACAAGGCCACGUUUGAGAAGCUGGACUACCUGACCUCCAAAGAGGAGAACUACGCCAGGAUGAGAGAGUACAUCCGCUCCCUCAAGAUGGUGCCAUGUAUCCCCUACCUGGGGAUCUACCUGCUGGACAUGAUUUACAUCGACUCGGCCUAUCCUGCGUCUGACAGCAUCAUUGAGACCCAGCAGAGAACCAAUCAGAUGAACAACAUCCUGCGCGUGAUCUCUGACCUCCAGAUGUCCUGCACAUACGAUCACCUCGUGACCCUCCGGCAUGUGCAGAAGUACUUGAUGUCUGUUCGCUACAUCGAGGAGCUUCAGAAGUUCGUGGAAGACGACAAUUUCAAACUGUCUCUGAAAAUUGAACCAGGGAACAGCUCGCCGCGCAUGGCCACAUCCAAAGAAGAUCUUGCUGGUCCGUCUGAGUUGUCUUUAUUGGUCAGGUAUAAGCGACGGCCCACUUGCCCUGAUACCACUGUGGGGGUUCACAUCCCCACCCCUCCGCCCCCACGCCACAGGAAGAGCCACAGCCUCGGAAACACUAUGAUGUGGCAUUUCAGUUUGGUGGAGAGUAAAAGUGCGACGUUCCCCAUAGAGAAACCACGUCACCUGCUGGACGACAGCUUCCUGGAGUCCCAGAGUCCAGCGAGGAACAACCCACACACCUCAUCUGUGUCCAACGGCGUCUCGAUAGGCAGCAGUCAGAGUUCGUUGUGUGAUGAUCUUCCUCCAGGGCUCCAGAGGGGCCGCAUGAAGGCGACUCUGGGCCCUAACUGGAGGGUUCCUCUCCGCAGCUCCCCCAGAGGACGCAGCCUUGGCCACAGUCCGUCAGUAGCAGAGUCCAGUCUGGCUCAUGGAGAGUCAGGAGGAGUCACGAUGCAGGGACCGCUGAAGAGGAAAACCCUGCUGAAGGAGGGCAGGAAACCCAAGCUCUCCUCGUGGACGCGGUAUUGGAUCACACUUUCUGGUUCCACUCUCUUAUUCCACGAAUCCAAAGCCCUGCGAGCCACAGAACGGAAACAUUACAAGUCUUCGGCGUGUAAGAAAGUGUGUGUUGUGGGCUGGAUGGUGGUGCUGCCGGAUGAUCCGACUCAACCCAACAUCUUUCAGCUCAGCCAUCCUGACAAAGGGAACGUUUACAAGUUUCAGACGAGUGAUCGGUUCACUGCGAUCAUGUGGCACAGACACCUGGACGAGGCCUGUCGCAGGAGAAGACCUCAGAUACCAGCGAAUCUCAUGACGUUUGAGUAAACAGACUUGUGUAACUCUUAAGACAUUUAUAAAGUGCCGAAGGCCUACAGAGAUCGAGAAGAACGUGUUUGGUUCAGCAAAAGGAUGAAGAAAGAGCGAAAACCCUCCACUGAGCCAAAGGACUCGCUCUGAUCCGCUGGCCCUCCACGAGCCCCACGGACACAUCUAACAUCAGGAUGUGUUUCAGAGCCGGACGUGGAGGUGUGCACACUAGUAUUGUCAGGGUUUUGGUAAGGGAGGAACUCAGGUGCAGACAGGAAUCGGGUACACACAGGAUUUAUUUGACAAAAAGGGAAAACAAAAACCCACGAGGGGGAAAACACUGACUAGGAAAAUGACUAAAUAACAAAACAAGACUGGGCAGACAAGAUAAAGACACUUAACACUAACUAUAAACAAACACUCACGGUAUUACAAAGACUUCUUCAGGGAUGACAAUCACAAAUCACAAAUGUGGAACAGUUAGAUGAAACAGUCACAAAUCUCAAUGAACCGACGCAAGACAGAGCACACUAGGAAAGCUAAAUAGGGGGAACAAUCAAGACACGACAGGUGGCACAGAUGGGACAAUCAAGACACGACUAGGUUAACAAGGGGGGCGGGGCAAGGGAACGAGACAACACAAGCACAUGGCCCAAAGGCAAGGCCAUGUGCUUGUACACAAAACACGGGUCUGUCAUGAUCCUGCCUCAAGACUAGGAAAAAUCAAGGACACGAGGGCAGAAUCAUGACAGAACCCCUCCCUUAAGGAGCGGCUUCCAGACGCUCCUCAAGGGAACAUCAACCACGAGACAUGACUGACAUGACAGACUGGGACACCGACACAAACCAACAAGACAUGACAAAUAAUAACAAAGGCAGACAUGAAUACACGACGGCAGGGUUAGGGUGACAAAUCAAAAAAAACAAACAGGGAAGGGGAGGAGGCGGGACCACAAAGUUCAUGGGGGACAGACCAGGGUGAGUGGGUGGGGCAGGAGUUUUAGGAGGACAGGACGAAGGCUGACGACGGGGGGUACGGGCAGGUCUGGGUGGUGAGGGGCGGGGAGGGGUCUCGGGACAACUGGCAGGGGACAUGAUAGGAGCGGACAAGGGACGCGGGGCAACACUUACGGGACGCGGGGCAAGACUUACGGGACGCGGGGAGACGACAGCUGGACACGGGGGGACAACAUCUACUGGACACGGGACGACAACAUCUACUGGACACGGGACAUCUACGGGACACGGGGCAACAUCUACUGGACACGGGGGGACAACAGGACACGGGACAUCUACGGGACACGGGGCCACAUCAACAGGAUACAUGACUUCAUCAGCAGGACACGGGGCAACACUCACGGGACACGGGGAGACGACAUCUACGGGACACGGGGAGACGACAUCAGGACACUCGGGAUUUCUGGGGACAGGGUCGGAGGACAAGACAGGACUGUCGGGGACUUCUAGGAUCCGGACAAGACUAGACAAAUAAUCAGAAAAGGCUUUAGCCGCUAAGACAAUUGGCAUCUCCUUACGAGAUGAGAUACACUGAACUAAAGUCUUUGCUGCAGAGUCGGCCGCGGCACUCUCCUGCGCUCUCACGACUGCCGACUUGCAUACUGCCCUCUUCUUUGCCGGCUCGGGCACGCCAGCGCUCACCGCUGCUGGCUCGGACACGCUCACCGCUGCUGGCUCGGGCACGCCAGCGCUCACCGCUGCUGGCACGGGCACGCCAGCUCUCUCCGCUGCUGGCUCGGGCACGCUCUCCGCUGCUGGCACGGGAACGCCCACCGCUGCUGGCACGGGCACGCCAGCGCUCUCCGCUGCUGGCACGGGCACGCCAGCGCUCUCCGCUGCUGGCACGGGAGGAGACAGGGUCACAGGACCGGCAGGCCCCCUCUUCCUCCUCUUCCUCCUUGGGCGCGGUGCAGAGGCCACAGCUGGGUCAGAGGCGGGUUGGGGGAGUUUGGUCUCGGGCAGGGCAGUCUCGGACGCCGAAGACUCAGAAGUUGACUCCCAUGAAAACCGUCUCCCUCGUUUCAUGGGGAGACUGCUGGCUGAGGAGGGCACCUCAGGACUCUGGGAGGGGCUUGCCUGACCCCCCAGGGUUGCCACGGCCAGGACACGACCCUCAGGGAUCGUUGGCAGCUGGGUAGGUGGAGGGGACCUCUGUGGCUCCUCCUGGGAGAUGCUUUCCCACAGCCGGGCAUAAUUACGGAGGAUCCACUCCCCCUCGGGCGAGUAUGGGAGGGUGACCCCCUUCCUGUCGGUGGGGGAUGACGUCCAGCACUGCCUCCGGAACUCCAACAGGUGUUGGAGCUCGGAGGACCUCCUGCCUGCUGAGUUCCUUCGUGGUCGGUUCAUUCUGUCAGGGUUUUGGUAAGGGAGGAACUCAGGUGCAGACAGGAAUCGGGUACACACAGGAUUUAUUUGACAAAAAGGGAAAACAAAAACCCACGAGGGGGAAAACACUGACUAGGAAAAUGACUAAAUAACAAAACAAGACUGGGCAGACAAGAUAAAGACACUUAACACUAACUAUAAACAAACACUCACGGUAUUACAAAGACUUCUUCAGGGAUGACAAUCACAAAUCACAAAUGUGGAACAGUUAGAUGAAACAGUCACAAAUCUCAAUGAACCGACGCAAGACAGAGCACACUAGGAAAGCUAAAUAGGGGGAACAAUCAAGACACGACAGGUGGCACAGAUGGGACAAUCAAGACACGACUAGGUUAACAAGGGGGGCGGGGCAAGGGAACGAGACAACACAAGCACAUGGCCCAAAGGCAAGGCCAUGUGCUUGUACACAAAACACGGGUCUGUCAUGAUCCUGCCUCAAGACUAGGAAAAAUCAAGGACACGAGGGCAGAAUCAUGACAAGUAUGUGGUACAGUGGGAAGACAGGUGAAUCUGGACCCUUACAGCUCCAUCAUGUCUUCACAAUGGAGACUUUUGCAUCUCUAGGUGUUUGUGUGGCUUCAGUGAAGUACAUUGAAGUACAUCAGAAGCUCGAGAUGGGAUUUUUGUGCUGAUAUAAGUGAGUUUCAGUGUGAAAGAGAAAUCAUGCAGCCUGUAGCAUAUAAGAAUAAAAAGCCAAACGGACGUGCAUUUGCUCCUACAAAGAGCCGUAACAAAACAAACCACCGAUGAAGACCUAAACCAGCUAAUGAGACUCACUGGUUAAGAGCCGUUUAGUUACAGACUAAUCAUACGGUGAUUUUUAUUUCUGGUUAAUGUUAUGAUGCGAUGAUGCUGCUUGAAGGAGGUUUGUGUGACUCGCUAACAUCAGGGAUUUCUGUUUUAGUCGUUUUAUACUGAUGAAAGCUUGUUUUGGGCUUUAAGUAUCAGAUUAUUAGGCCUUUCCUGUCAAAUGAAGGUUUUUUCACAACUUAAACCAGCUGAAACAUGUUGUGCAAAAGCAAAAUGUUUGUGUUAGUCACAUCUGAUAGUGUUCUUUGUACAUUAAUGAGACAAUAGCAUUUUUAAAACACAAGCUUAUUUCUAUUCAGCCCAUCUCACAAAAACAAGAACUGCUUUUUGAUAUUUUAGAAAAAAUCCUAAACAUUCACUCUGACUUACAGGGCAAAUCUCACGAAACCCGUCAAAAACUGUCCCUUUCACAUCUUACCCCAAAAUGAUUCGAACGAAAUUAGUUUAAUAAUAUUUUGCUUAAAGAAAAUUAAGCCUGUUUUUAUGAUUUUUUUGUGUUUUUGACAUUAUUUUCAUGACAAUUAAACACAUUUAACCCUCAAAUUCUCAUUUGUGUAAUACAAAUAUUAUCACAUUAUUUACAUUUUCAGUAUUUAUAUUUCAUGGCCAUAUUUAUUGAACUUCCUUUCAUUUAUGCAUGAUUGUUUUGUUUUUUUAUAAAUGCACUUUUUAUAUUUUAAUACAAUUAAACUGUGCUUAAAAUGUAAUUGAAAGUAAUGUCACAAGCUUUAAACCAAAUACAUAAGAAUGGGUUCAAUUUUCUUCAUGCAAAACAUAAUUCCUUUCCUUUUUUCAUUAUUUACUCGCUCUCAUGUCGUUUAAACCCGUUUGAUGAUUUAUUGUCUGUGAAACACGAAAGGAAAUUUUUUUUAAAAAGUUUCUUCAUGCAACUUUUUCCAUACGAAGACAAUGAAACUGAUUUGAAAAAAAAAGUGCAUUAACAUUGUUUAAAACUCUUGAUAGUGAUUACUAGUCUUUGUUGAGAGUAUUAUUUCUCUGUAUGUGAAUUCAGCUUUAAACAGGCCACAGUUUUUCUUGAAGACGAAACACACACAUGUACAGCUGCACUGCAUCUAUGUUAUGUUCGUUUGUGCUGGAACUGUGAAUGAACUCUUGUUAUGUUGCCACGUAAAUAUGAUGCUAAAUUAUUUCUUGUUUGCCGUCGUGGUACACUGCUGUUUAUCAUCUAAAAGGCUGUACAAACAUUAAACUCCAGUGAACACACUA